CCGCAUGUUUUGAGAUUGACCGCGAAAUUUACUCAAUCAAACAGUUUUAGUUGUGCAUCUGCAAAAAAUAAAGUUUGUGAUCGAAUAAUCUCUGUUCUAACGGUAACCACAGCAACACAAGGACCCGAAACUCCAAGGAUACGGCGGCAGUGUGUUUACCGGCAUUAAACACGCAUCCCUUUCAUUGCAAUUUUCGCAUCGCAAAUCGAAGUAGACCCAUUGCACGAUAAAUACUAAGCACCAAAGCCAAGAUGAAGAUUGAGGAGGUCAAAAGUACUGUGAAAACUCAACGUAUCGCGGCCCACAGCCAUGUGAAAGGAUUGGGCUUGGAUGAGAACGGUGUGCCGCUUCAGAUGGCUUCCGGGCUUGUUGGACAAAAGGAUGCUCGUGAGGCGGCCGGUGUCGUGGUGGAUUUGAUCAAAUCGAAGAAAAUGUCGGGUCGUGCACUGCUGCUUGCGGGACCGCCCGGUACCGGUAAGACAGCUAUCGCUCUGGCCAUCGCGCAAGAGCUAGGCAAUAAGGUACCGUUCUGCCCGAUGGUGGGUUCGGAGGUUUUCAGCAGUGAAAUAAAGAAGACCGAAGUCCUAAUGGAAAACUUCCGGCGCUCGAUUGGACUUCGUAUUCGCGAAACAAAGGAAGUCUACGAGGGCGAAGUGACUGAGCUGACACCCGUUGAGACGGAAAACCCGAUGGGUGGGUAUGGUAAAACGAUCAGCAACGUGGUUAUCGGUUUGAAGACAGCUAAAGGAACCAAGCAGCUGAAGCUGGAUCCAAGCAUCUACGAGACUUUGCAACGCGAGAAGGUCGAAGUUGGAGACGUUAUCUACAUCGAAGCAAACAGCGGUGCAGUGAAACGCCAAGGUCGCAGCGACACAUUUGCCACCGAAUUUGAUCUCGAAACGGAAGAAUACGUGCCACUGCCGAAGGGUGAAGUGCACAAGAAGAAGGAGGUCGUUCAGGACGUGACACUACACGAUUUGGAUGCGGCAAAUGCACGCCCGCAGGGCGGUCAGGAUGUGCUCUCGAUCGUUGGACAGAUGAUGAAACCGAAGAAGACGGAAAUCACCGACAAGUUGCGCACGGAAAUCAAUAAGAUCGUCAACAAGUACAUCGAUCAGGGGAUUGCGGAGCUGGUGCCAGGGGUACUGUUUAUUGACGAGGUCCAUAUGCUCGAUCUGGAAUGUUUCACGUAUCUGCACAAAUCGUUAGAAUCAGCGAUUGCUCCAAUCGUUAUUUUUGCCACCAACCGAGGACGUUGCGUUAUUCGCGGAACGGACGACAUAGUUUCCCCUCAUGGCAUUCCACUCGAUCUCUUGGAUCGUUUAUUGAUUGUACGCACGUCACCGUACAACAUAGGAGAAAUGGAGCAGAUCAUCCGGCUGCGAGCACAGACGGAAGGGCUGAAUGUGGAGGAUGCCGCCAUUUUGGCGCUGAGUGAAAUCGGGUCCAAUACGACGCUCCGCUAUGCCGUCCAGCUAUUGACGCCGGCCAAUCAGACGAGCAAAGUUAACGGACGCACCCAGAUCACUAAAGAUGACAUUAUGGAUGUACAUUCCCUGUUCCUUGAUGCGAAACGGUCGGCGAAGUUCUUGCAGGACGACAACGCCAAGUAUAUGCUGUAGGUCAACAUACGGUUGGCAGGAAUUGCAAAUAUUAUAUACGUGUCGGAUGCUUGUAAAAAACGAACAAUAAAUCGACCGAGGCCUGCAGUGGUUGGAAUA